UUGCACCGAACGGACGACGAGCGAAACAAAAACGAAAAAUCCCAAACAAUUCACUUGUUUAAUAAAUAUAUAUACAAACCUGCAGUGCUGUCGAAUUAGGCUUGUAACGCUUGAGAAGGUAAUCGCAAGCAUAUUGAAGAAUUACAAGGAGUCGCGCUCUUCUCGUUGACGGCGCGCGCGUUUAGGAAAAAACGCGUUGCGUUCUUUUCAUUUGCUGUAUGUGAGGAGAGACUUCUUCGACUCAACACACACACACACAUACACAGAUUUUACAUACAUACACUUGGCAGCAACGAAAACGACGGUUGGUCGGUCGGUCGGUUGGUCGGACUAGACGAGACGAGUGAAAGUGUCUCCACCACGGAAGUGCAUCUGUGAUUUGUAUAAUAAUGCGUCGCGCAUACUCAAAUUUUUGUUACGCCAAUGAUUAGCGAAAAGCCCUUAAAGUGAAGAGUGUAACCAAAAAAAAAAAAAAUAAAUAAAUAUAAAAAUCUAUAAAUUAGAUGGCGGAACAAGUGGAAAAGGCAUUGGCGUAUAUCAAAACAAUGCCCGUUACGACCACGUUACAGGUGACAGACGCAGCAGAGGCAGACGCAGUUGCAGCCGCAACAACUUGCAUGAAUUGUUGCAGUCACGACGAGGACGUCAGUUCCACUCCCAGUCCCACUCCCAGUGGCAGUCAAGCCAAGGCAAAAGGAGCCAAAGCUAAGUGUCGCGCCAGUUGUUGUGGUAGCAUAGAUGCCAAUGUUGUUGCUGCCGCCGAGGCUGUUGUCAACGGGGAGCUGGACGCCGCCUCUUGCUAUCAUGUAAGCAUGAAAAUGUCCAUUGACGCAGCCACGCCGCGCAUUUGUGGCGACACAAAUGUGAUGCCGCUGAAAUGUGAUGCGUUGGCGGCAAUGCGAGAGGCGCUCAGCGCUAACAAGCCAUUGCCACUCCCACUCCCACUCAAUUCGAAGCAGGCACAUAGUAGCAAGCUACUACAUACUAGCACUCCCCCCCCACCGUGUCAGCUGCUGGAGCGUCUCAAUUUUCCGGAGGGUAACAUCAUCAAUACGUUGCACACGAUACUGGCACUGCCACCGUUCGAUCCGUAUGCACCGGCACCAAAAUCGGAUGUUAUCUACAAGGAUGUGGUAUCGCUAAUGCAAUGGAGCCUGCGCGAGGACAAUGUCAUGGAGAUGGAACUGAGCGAGAAACUGCUGCAUGAGUGUAAGCCCAAGAGCAAGGAUCCCAACGAUGAAACGCGCUCAUAUUUGAUGGCUAUUGAGAAUAUGCGAUUAUUCUCGGAGGAUCCAAAGAAUCCGCUGCGCGAUGCCGACGGACAACUGCGUGCAAUUACGCUUUAUUUUCAGAAUCUUGCCUUGAUAUUUGUUAAGCAUCGUAAGGAGGAGUUCUUUACAUUUUGUUCCUGCAAGGAAUGUCUCGAAUAUCGCGAAACAAUCAUGGCCAUUAUGAUGGAUCAAUUUAAGGCUGCUCACAUGGUGGUCAUGCUCCUCGAUGUGCUAAUCAAGGCAUACAGCCCCAUGUUAAAAAAUGAUGCUGCCUAUAACAAAUUUGAGAAGCUGCUGGAAUCUAACAAGCAAAUCUAUUGGAUUACAAGCGGUUUCCUUUACGAUAAGAAUGCCGAAUAUCUUGAUUUUAUUGAUGAUACUGCGAUCUCUGAUAAUAUGAUAUUAGUGCUAUUCAGCGCCAUUCUGAUGGCUAAUAAUCCGAUGCUACUGCUACAAAUACUCGCCUAUAAUGUUGAGUGCAUUGUUAAGGCUUUUUCCGAGGGCAUGAUCGAAAUUGCUCAAAAUGUGCAGGAGAACGAGAAGAUUUCAGCCGAAAAGAUGCUCACAUAUUUACUGGACGGCUACUCCGAUUUGAACUGCAUCUCACAGAAGAUAUCGCUUAGCCUGUUUGCUUUCGAGAACGAUUUUCUGCGCAAGUUCAAGCUCUCCUGGGUGCUAUUGUGUCAGCGUCUAUUUCAGCAACAUGUGUUCAAUCCGCUGGGCGACACCAUGCUCGCAUGCAUACUCUCGCUGAAGGAGGGCGAUGGCUCCACACAGACAACGGCGCUGAUCAAGCGUUAUAUGCUGUUCGAUGAGCAUAUGCACUCCAUUGAGCGCCGCUGGACGGACAUCUGGAUGGAGCUGAACAAGUUUAACUUGUCGCCCACGGAACAUGAUCGUCGGAUGGGCCUGCUGGAUGUGUAUAACAUAUUCGACAAGGUCGUCAUGGACGCCACAUCGUUUUCGCUGCCAGACAUCAGUGAUGAUGAGUUCAUAGAUUUCCAACGCAUUGUUGAUCGUCAGCUUGCUUGGAAGAAUAUUAUGGCAUUCACCAAGCUGAAGUGGCCCGAUGGUUUCUACGAUCCGCCCAAUAAACUGGUGCACGAGGACCUCUGCAAAAAGUGUAAUGCAAUGCUGGAACACCAUAAUGAGAACUGCAAAUGCAUCACUUGCUCCAUUGCGGGUACACCUCUGUUGCCACGACAAGCCGGCCAUUGUGCCAAGUGCACAACACUCGGCAUUGUCGAGAAAGAUGCUAAGCUGAUGAAAUCAAAGAUUCUGAGCACAUGCACCAGCGAUGAGGCCAGACACAAUGCGGCAGCUGCUGCAAGCACAAGCGCCGCUGCAGCAGCCGCACAGCAACGUCGCAGCGGUGAUCAGGCGCAGCCAGAGGCUGCUUCUAGAGGGGAUGAGCCGAGUGGUGUGACAUUGCGGCGCCAGGAGAUGGAUACGGCAUUGCGCACCACAUAUCACAUUGCAUGGGCAGUGUUCCAGCAUCUGACCACACGCAAACGCUAUCGCUUUGACAGCAUUGAGCCGCAAUUCUUUUGCGGCGAAAACUGUCGAGUCUCCGCCUGCCAGCUGGCUCGCAAGAUCCUUGCCAAUGAACUGUCGCCGCCACUGACAAAGCACCUGUUGCGAUGCUUUCAGCCAUUAUCAUUUUCGCGCGAGGAGCUGCGUUCCACGUUGCCAUCGCUAAUGUUCUUCAAUCGUAAGCUGGCGCCCAGUCCCGCCGAACUGCAGGAGCUUAAGAAUCAACAUUAUGUCUAUAAGACCUAUUGGACUUUUGUGCUAUCCAUCUAUGCCAAUUUCUUUGUCAAGUUCAACUCGACGGCAACGGAUUUUAAGCACCUUGAGCUGCUCAAGGGCGAUUUGCGUUUGCGUCCAAACAGCGUCAUUGGGGACAAGGAUGAUGGACGCUUUGAGCAAUUUCUUGCUCAGGUUAUUGGCUACUCGCCUUUUAAAAUCACCGAUGAUUUCACGUUGGGAGAUGCAAACAUCGAGAAAAUGCAAUUUGGCGUCGAUCAUUUAAUGAUGUUACACGACUCCCAAAUGAUUAAACGCAGUAAGCCUGAUAGCACCUCGGGCCUGUCGGGCAACAAGUCCAAGGUGAACGAGAUGACGCAGACAGGAGUAGGUUGUAACGACUCGAAUAACUCUAAGAAAUGCAAGGAGAAGAUGCGUAAAUGUUGUGCGGACUACGCUGACAUUGGCGAGACCUGCAAGGAGAAUCACUCGAAGAAGCGCGUUAAAAAGGAAUGCAAUCAUGCACGCUUCAAUGAGACACGCGAUCGCUUGCGCAAGAAAUUGACACAGAUUGUCAACGAUCGCAAGACCAAAAAUGGCCAAGAGUCGUCAAAGCCCAAAGCGCAGCCGGAGCCAACGGUAGUGGCCAAAAAGCCCGAGCCAGUGACGUCUCAGCAGCCGCCUACGUUAAAAGUGGUUGCAUCGGCGCAGGUUCAAGCUGCCACUCGGAAAAUGCCAGCUGCGGCAGCGGCGGCGGCUGCAGCUGCUGCUGCGGCAGCACUUAAUGAGAUUGGCGAGAAUAUUGAUGAUGGCGACAAUAGUCUACUCUGCUUGGACAGCCUCUGCAAGAGCAUACAGAUGCAUACGGAUGCCACUGCGGCUGGUGGCGAUGGCGGUGUCCAUGACGCAGACGGAGGCUGUGGCAAUGGCAGCUUACCGGCGGAUCUCAGUAGCUACAGCAAGGAGGAAAUGAUGCAUGACUUUGCCGAAUUUCUGGGCAGCUAUACGCGUGAGCAGGAUCAGAAGCGCUGGAUCAAUGAGACACUCAAUUUCAUUGAGGGAAAACCACAACAGCCACAAACGGUGAAUCCCAAGAAGGCAGCUAAAAAGGCCAAGCAAAGGCAACGCAAGGAGGAGGAGAAACGCAUCAAAGAGCUGGAGGAUUUGCGCAGUCAAUUUCUUGAUAUUUACUUCAAGGAGUUCAUUGACAAAUACGAAAUGAAAACCUUAACGGCUGCUGGCGGCCGCAAGCGCGAAAAGAAACGCAUUGCCGAACUGGAAGCCAACAUUAAGAAUCUGCAGCGUGCCAAGGGAAAAGUGGAAACUGUCAUUUUGGAACUGAUUGCCACCGUUAAGCAGGCGAACAGUGAUUUUAAAUUCUCUUAUCUGCCCACCAAGGAGCAGCAGCUGGCGAAGCUGGCACAGCUCGAGGAGAUUUUAAAUGGUGGAACAACGACGGCAGCGGAGGCAUCGCCAUCGCCAUUGCCAUUGCCAGCGGCUGCAUCAGCACAAUCCGCCACAGUAACUGUAACAGCGCAAUUACCAAAUUUUAUUAACUCAGCCGCCUACUUUCCACCUCACACCCCAGUAUGCUAUGCUCCGCCCCAGCAGCAGAAGCAACAACAACAACUGCCACGUGAUGUGAUCGCUGCCAUGGCAGCCAAUGCCAUAACCGCUGAUCCAUCCAAGCGUAUUGUGACUAUACGACGUGUGCAGGUGCCACACGCCGGUGGUGAGCAACAGGUGACUGUUGUGGCCAAGGGCAGCUCCCCGGACGAGGAUAAGCUGCUUUACACCUUUGUCAACGGUCAUAUGGUGGCGUCCGCUCAGUCAACGGCCAGGAGCACGCCACCAAUUGCACCUGUUGUCCAGUUUGCUGCGGCUACAGUGCCGGAAAAGAGCGCCAAGGCCAAGAAAAAGGAGGCUAAACGGGUUGCGGCAGCGGCGGCAGCUGCAACUGCUGCUGCUGCUGCUGCCGCUGCCGCCGCCGCCGCCGCUGCUGAACUGGAAGCGAAGGCCAACGCCACCAACAUAGCCAAGAACAAGAAGCAAAGUAAGAAGGCAGCCGCUGCAGUGCACCCAGUUGCAGUUGCUGCCAGCUCCAGCUCGGGUAGCAGCUCAAAGUCGCAAACGCCACAAAGUAGCGCCGUCAAUACACGUGAAAAUUCCGUUUGCAGCAUUAAGCCCAAAACGACGACGACGACGGGAAGCAAAAAAGCCAAGAAUGCAAAUAGAAACGUUGUGGAAGUUCAGGUGCCAAAAUCAUUGCCCGUUGAGCCGCAGCCCGAGCCGGAACCGGAACCGGAACCAGAACCAAUUCCACUGCCUGAAAAAAGACACAAACGUUUAAAGUCCAGACUGGACCAGGGACAGUUGGACAACAAUCCGUUUAAAUCGUUGCAUAUGCAAGACUCCUCGGAUGGUGAGUGGGAAUCUGGCAGCGAGACCGAAACACAAGUGAUUGCCCCGACGCUAGUGAGGCCGCAACCCAAGACACCCGUUGCACCCACUCCAAUCAGUGUAAUUCCGAAUUCCAAACAAAAGCCGCUGGCGCCAGCAGCUGCGCCUGUCAAGAAACCCAAAAACGAGGCAGCAUCCAAGUCACAAAUGCCACAGCAACAGCAGCCAAACAAAGCGACACCAGCAACAUCCGUCAGCAGUCAACGAAGAGCAGCAUCCCAACAGCAAGCGAAGAAUCAGUCGCAACGGACGACAGAGUUGAAUGUGAAUAGCAACACACGCAAGUCCAAGUCAAGUCAAGGCCAGGUGCAGGGACAGGUGCAGGGACAGGUGCAGGGACAAAUGCAGGGACAAAUGCAGGGACAGAGCAGCCAAGUGGUCACUGGCAAUCGAGGGGCGCCACAGUCAGCGCGCGGUGGACGCGGAAGUGGACGCUCGAAGCCAACAAAAGGUGGACAGCAGCAACAACAGCAGCAACAACAGCAACAGCCACAUGUGAACAGCAAUAGCAACUGCUCCUUAAAUACAAUGGAGAGCAGUGCACACAGUGCGCCCUCAAAGCGCUCGCAGCGCGGCAAGCGUGGACAUCGUGGCCAGAAACAGGAGGAUCUCUCGGGCAUACCCCAUAACAUGGGCUAUUUCAAUCCCAACGAAGUUGCCAUACCACCGCCAGUGGCACCACAGUCUGGCAGCUAUGCCAACACCCUGACACAUCAGAUGCAGCACUUGCGCAUUGGCAAUGCCACCAGCAGUUCCUCCACCAAGCAGCAGCAACCCAAUUGCAGCAUUAUGGAUCAGCUAAAUCGUGGCGUACAAGUGGAACAUCUAUCACUGCCGCCAGGCAUCACGCUUACUAAGGUGGAUCCGGCCAAGAGCGAGCAACUGCGUCAGAAGAGCGAGUCCAUACGUAGGCUAUCCAAACCGCUGACUGAACAACAACAACAGCAGCAGCAGCAACAACAUCCGCUGCAGCAGCCAGCACAUCUCAUGAGCGGCUUCUAUGCUGGCAAUGCGGGUCUGGACAAUGCCGCCGGCGUUAUUAUGGUGGAGGCCAAUCCGCGCGUCAAUCGCAACUGUCAGCCGCCGGUGUCGGUGGCUCCCAACAACAGCAAUAACAAUGUGGCAGCCGCAGCAGCGGCAGCAACGGCCAGUGGCAAAUCCUCACGUCGAAGGCGUCGCAAUCGUGGCAAGUCCGGUGGUGGUGGAUCUGCUGGUACAGCGUCCAAUCUUGCCAACAAGCAGCGGGGAGGAGUUGACAACCAGUCGGCACAAUCCUCAACUGUUCCCAUCAUGGAGACCAGUUCAAGUGGUAAUAUUAUAACACUGCGCAAUCCCAUGUUCCAUCAGGGCGUCAACAAUGGGCCUGCGGCCGGCAACAUGUUGCCCAACCCGAAUCCCAUACCGCCAGCACGUGCUUAUGGAGCUGGAAUGCCAAUUGCUGCACCGAUGACCAUGGAUCAACCGGCCGCUAUUAUUAAAAAUGAGAACGGCAUGUUCACCAUCCGGAAUCCGGCGCUGCAUCAGGCUGUGACCAAUGGAUUGGCCAUGGGCGGCUAUCGACAGUUUGGUAGCAAUGUCAACUAUUAUACGCCACAGGAGGCGGUGGCCGAGGCGGCACGUGCCACACAACAGAAGCAGUCAUCGCCGCCAUUGGUUGUUACAUCAGGCGGCAGCAAUAUCAGCGCUGGAGCUGCUGCGGCUGCUGCUGCUGCACCCACUAACUUCUCAUAUUUCUCAAGUGGAUCAGCCAGCGGCGACAGCAGCAGUAGCAGCGGUGGAGGUGGCGGCGUCGGCGUCGGUGCUGGAGGAGGAGGAGGAGUCGUUGACACGCACAAUAAUAUCAGUAUUAGCUGCACAAACGUAUCCCUGGGCAGCCCUGGUCGGCUGGUUGGCGAUGCGGCCGUCAUAGCACGUCCCAAGCAGGCGCAGAAGUGCUUGUCUGCCAUUGGCAGUGAGCUGAAACAGAAGACCAAAGACAGCCAUUCGUCCUCAUCGAGCCAAUGGUCGAGCUUUGGCCAACCGGCGCCGGAAUUUGGCGCAUCGGAAUUUGCAUCGGGCUCAACACUCCAGGAGAAAUACCAACAGUCCAGCUACUACAACGGCUUUGAGGUUUUCUCCUCGUCCGUUCCACAAUCGGCAGGGGGUGGAGGACCUGGUGGUGGUGGACCUGGUGUUGGCGUUCCAUCUGAUUGUCAUAUGCAUCAUAAUUGUGGUGACGAUUCGCCGCCGCCAACCAUCACCGGUUUCAAUUCCUACCUUGAGGGCAUACCCAAUACUGGUGUCAUUCGCUACGACGACGCGGCGUUCCUCAAGAAUUUAAUACCGGGCCAGCAUCUCAACAACGAGGUCUCCAUACACAACAUAUCGGAGUCCAACUUCACGCGCAACAACACAUCUCCAUCGCCACAUCAUGUGGAGAUUACAACUGUGUUUGGCAGCCGCUCGUGUUCCACGAAUGCCUACGAGCAACAGCAACAACAACAACAGCAGCCAUCUCAAGGCAGCGUCAGUUCCGGUGCCAGCUACUGCGACAACGUUGCCGAUUACGGCAGUGAUUCCAGCCACCUGUUUGUGCAAGGCAAUAUGCUGCCGCGAUUACCACAGCCAUCGCCGGCGACGUCAGAUCCCUUUGGUUACGACUUUGAGCCGGCGGCUGCGGCUGGUUCAAAGCCGGCCAGCGUUGCCAGUGAUCUGAAUGAGUUCUUGCGUCGCAGUCCGCACAGCCAGCGCACCUCUCCAUACAGUCCGGACGAGAAUGUGGCUCUCGAGGCGUUUGUGCAGAACAUGAACGCACUACAAAUAGCGAAUGAAGCCGAGCAGUGCUCGAGAUUGAAUGGAAACGCUUCUGCCACCGGAGACGCUGCCGUGGCCGAUGCAACGGCUGGUGGCGGCGUUGGUGCUACUUGGUGGUAAAGAUGCGGCCAUGAUAACCAUGACAACUGUUGCUUCACUCUUCAACAAAAUCCAGACACACACACAUACAUCCUUCAUAUACAUCCACGAGCCAAUGACGGCCACAUAACGCAAACAUUUCAUUGAUAAGGCGAAAAUAAAACAAAUACCACACAAAAAAAAUAAAAAAAAAUGGCUUAGAGGUCAAUUUCGAUGUUUCAGCAAGCGAAAAAAAAAAAUUAUAAAUAAAUGCAAAUUAAAUUAAAUGGAA